CCGCCUCUGUACAGCGCGCGGCGGCCGCGGCGGCCCCUGACAGCGGCGGCGAUGGCGGCGGCGGGGCUGGCGCUGGCGCUGCGCGGGGCGCUCCCCUCCGGCGCGGCGGCGGUGACGGUGCGCGGCCGCGGCGGGCUCUGGAGCCGCCUGCCCCCGCCCGCGCCCCGACGGUCCGCGGCGCACUUCUCUUUCCAGCCGGACCCGGCGCCCACCGAGUACGGUGAAACUCAGAAGAUGAAUCUCUUUCAAUCCAUAACAAGUGCCUUGGACAAUGCUCUAGCCAAAGAUCCGACUGCAGUAAUAUUUGGUGAAGAUGUGGCCUUUGGUGGAGUCUUCAGGUGUACAGUUGGCUUGCGAGACAAAUAUGGUAAAGAUAGAGUUUUCAACACCCCCUUGUGUGAACAAGGAAUUGUUGGCUUCGGUAUUGGAAUUGCUGUUACUGGUGCUACAGCCAUUGCAGAAAUUCAGUUUGCAGAUUACAUUUUUCCAGCAUUUGAUCAGAUUGUUAACGAAGCAGCAAAAUAUCGUUACCGCUCUGGAGAUCUGUUUAAUUGUGGGAACCUCACCAUCAGAGCUCCCUGGGGCUGUGUGGGUCAUGGUGCACUAUAUCACUCUCAGAGUCCAGAAGCUUUUUUUGCUCAUUGUCCUGGAAUAAAGAUUGUUAUUCCAAGGAGUCCUGUUCAGGCCAAAGGACUGCUCCUAUCAUGCAUAGAGGACAAAAAUCCAUGCAUAUUCUUUGAACCUAAAAUACUUUACAGAGCUGCAGUGGAACAAGUUCCUGUGGAUCCCUACUACAUUCCCCUGUCUCAAGCUGAGGUGCUGCAGACAGGCAGUGAUGUGACACUGGUUGCUUGGGGCACUCAGGUACAUGUGAUCAAAGAGGUGGCAGCAAUGGCUCAAGAAAAGCUUGGUGUGUCCUGUGAAGUUAUUGAUCUGAAGACCAUCUUACCCUGGGAUACAGAGACCAUUUGCAAGUCGGUAGUGAAGACUGGGCGAUUGCUGAUUAGCCACGAGGCUCCCUUGACAGGAGGAUUUGCUUCUGAAAUCAGUUCCACAGUUCAGGAGGAAUGCUUUUUGAAUUUAGAAGCUCCUAUUUCAAGAGUAUGUGGCUAUGACACUCCUUUCCCUCACAUCUUUGAGCCUUUCUACAUCCCAGACAAAUGGAAAUGCUAUGAUGCUAUUCUAAAAAUGAUUAACUACUGAACAGUAGUACAGAGAUGAGAACAACAGGGAACUACAGAAGAAGUUGCCUUCAGAACUCUUGACACUUUACUCAGAUCUUUUGGGUUUGGAAUUCACAUAGCAGACUGUUUUCUCUGAACUCAACUAUCCUUAAUAUUCAUCUUGACUAUUCUUCAGAAAGUUCAACUCUUCCUUAAUUAUGAAAUCUGUGUUAGGCAGGUGAUUGCUAUAAUAGUUUCAGAUGUAUUUAAAGAUAUUCCAGAUGUUGUAUGAAUGUUGCACAUUGCCAUGCUUCACUAGGUUACAUCUCUAGACUUCACUGUGUAAAUAUUGGAAGCAGGAUUUUAUUGAAUAAAACAUAUCAUGCACA